UACACAAUGGUUGCUAUGGACACUUCAAAUGUUCAUAACUUGGCAGUUUUUACAUUAUUUCUAGUAUUUCACUUAGUUUCCAGUGUGCCAAUUCCCCCUUUUGCCCCUCGCCCGCUCUGUAAUUUCCAAUUAGCCCUUGCAAAUCAAGCGUGUGCGUAUCUUCCAUCAUGGCGACUCCCUCCUUCUCCCCUCUCUCCUCCAUCACCUUUCCCACCUGUUUACCCUUCUUCACCUCCUCCACCUGAAUAUCAUAGACACAGACAUAGACAUGUUCAUUCACACAUGCAUGAACAUGGUCCUGAUGAACAAAUCCACAAUCAAACUCGUGAUCAUGAUCGUGGUCAUGGUCAUCGUAGACGACAUGAUCAUCAUCAUAACCAUGGUCAUAGUCAUCAUAGACAUAGAAUGUCACCCGUAGAACAACAAUGUUGUAAGUGGUUGGCACAGGUUGAUGAUGAGUGUGUUUGUGAGUUACUUGGUCGCUUGCCUCCAUUUCUUGCUAGACCUGUUCAUGAAUACACCGUAAGAGUUGCAGGCUCUUGCAACACGACGUACACGUGUGGGGCCCAAUUAAGGAUUUAAACAUUAAUUAAAUUUAUGUUUUUAAUGCGUUUUAAUAUGUAAGCAAGGAAGUUUAUGAUUUUUUAUGUGGUUUCUUGUCUUUCUCUUGUUUUUAUCAUUGAGGUUAUUUUUCUAUAGCUUGCUAUAAGACCGUGACAUCUACACAUGUACAAAUUUUAUCAUCAAAAGGAAUUGAUUUAACGCUUGUAGCUUUUUCCAUAUUUGUACAUAAAAAGAUUGGAUUUUGUGAUCUUUGUA